CGGGGUUUAUGACUUUGUGGCUGUGGUAACAACCAAGCGGAUCCAGUUAACAAAUAGGCGAUCAACCGCUUUUAUUUUUGUGUCAACAACUUAACGUUUAGUCAUGGUGUGGUGCUCAGUACCUGGAUGUGCCAACUACAAGCAAGCACAGGCCGCUGGGGUAACGUUUCAUCGGUUACCUGCCAGAGAUAUUACUCGUAGUCGACAGUGGCUGGCGGCAAUAAAGAACGCAGCCUAUGAUGUGAAUACUUCACUGGAUAAAUAUCCAAAUGUCCGGGUUUGUAGCCAGCACUUUCAGCCAGAGCAUUUCGAAACGGACCUUAAAUCUCAACUGAUGGGGUUGCCAGGUCGUCGAACGUUGAAAAGUGAAGCUAUUCCAUCGAUUUUCCCCUUGACUUCAAAGAGGAAGGCAUCCGAUCAGCCAACAUCAGCGCAGCAGAAAACAAGUCGAGUUGAGUAUCUGAAGAGUAUUGAAGCUCUCAUCACACCAGAGGUGGCUCCAAUAUUGCCUGGAAGGAAGAACAAAGGUGUUCUGACCCGUCCCCGUGUCCAGGAUUCUGGAACCAGCAUUGACAUUACACCUGAGAGUGCAGAUGUGUGUGUGAACAGAGCCUGUCUGCUGCAGCUCUUCCUAAUCUGCGAGAGAUGUGGCUGCGACUGUGAUGCCAGGAUCCAGGAUGAACUGGGUUGCUUCUCUGUUGUUCAGACGUGUCCGUUCUGCAGUCACCACAGGAAAUGGAUGAGCCAGCCCUCUUUUUCCCAGGAAACCUGUGGAUUGAAUGAAGAGGCGGUUGGAGGGACAUUGUCCCAGCCAUGUGAAGACAGACACCCAGACCUAGAGAACAUUUGCUUGACUAUGGAAAUCACUGAGGAGUUGUGUGAACAUGAUGCUCGGUCCUCGGAUGAGGAGAGUGAGGAGGACGAAAAGCCGAAGAAGCGGAAUAAGCAGGAGAGAUCAGAUGAGACCGAGUGGAAGCCGUCUGAUGAGGAAGACAUUGUAAUGGACUCUGAUUCUUCUGAGGAUUUGGAAACGGCAGGUUCCUCUGGUCUAACAGAAGAGGCCAACGUUGAUAAUUCUCAGAGCGGAAUAGAGAAAGAAGAGAGACUUGUGGAGUGGUGCACUGACUGUGGAGCCGAGCCUGUACUCGCCUGCACCACACAACGCCAUAAGAAGCUGUACGCCUGUGGUCUGUGUGUGACUGAGGUCCAACAAGCUGUUGGAUUUGACCGAUUCUACAUGCAGUUCGAGGACCCGGCCAGCUUCAAGGAACAUGUACGACGUGAACACAACACAAAACCUCAUAGGUUGCUCUGUACAGACUGUGGCAUCUUUCCUCACAAGAAGGACCAUUGGUGUGAGCACAAGAUCAAGAAAUUCCGCUGUGUAGACUGUGGUAAGCGCUGUAGGACUGAAACGGGUAUCAAGAUUCACAGGCACCUCCACCACCCUGACCAUGUUUUCCCCUGUAAGUUCUGCCUGCAGCCAUUCAAAACCAGGUCAGACAAACUGACACACGAGGAAAGCCAUCAGGAUGAGAACUCUCCCUACCAGUGCUCAGAAUGCUCCGAAAAAUGUGAUGACCUAAUGGCAAGGAACAGCCACCUACGAACCCACAGCAACCUGAAUAGAAACAUCUGCCACACUUGUUACAAAGAAUUUUCUAACAAAAACCAUCUGGAGAGGCACAUGAUUAUUCACAAAAGGCAGAAGCCCCACAUGUGCCAGGUCUGCCAACAGUCCUUCAACCAAGCGAGCAACCUUAAGUCCCACAUGCGCCUCCACACAGGGGAGAGGCCCUUCAAGUGCCAGCAGUGUGAGAAGUGCUUCAAUCAUAAUGUCAGUCUGAAGAACCACAUCCAACGCUAUCAUGGCCAUGAGAAGAGUAUCACAAGCUGAGGAAGAGGAGAGUACCACAGGCGGAGGCAGAGGAGAGUAACACAGGCGGAGGGAGAGGAGAGUAACACAGGCGGAGGGAGAGGAGAGUACCACAGGCGGAGGGAGAGGAGAGUACCACAGGCGGAGGGAGAGGAGAGUACCACAGGCGGAGGGAGAGGAGAGUAACACAGGCGGAGGGAGAGGAAGAGGGGAAGGGAGAGAUAAGGUGAGGCCCAGAGGGACAUCUAGAACCGCUGGGGAAAGAAAUGUAGCUCUAGAAGACUUGGAUUGAUCACAGCAGUGUUGUGUUCAUAGGGCAUACCGUAGCAAAACGUUUUUUUCAACAGGAAAUGAAAAUGUAGCUAUUUACUACUACUUUAACCAGUACUUAGUUUGUGUUGAUGUUAUAUAACAUGUAUUGAUGACUGUCUACAUUAUUUUAAUCAUUUGGAAUUCCAGUUGUUUUAAUAGUUGUUGAAAUAUCAUAUUAGAAAAUAAUUUUCUUAUAUUUUUAUGGAGGAUUUGUGUAUUUGCUGUCAUGAGGAUGAUUAAUGUUGCAUUUUGAAAUAUGGCCUUUAUAGAUUUUCGUGCAACUUUUAAGAUUUGAAGUCAAUGUAAUAUUCAAGCUCAAUAUAGUAUCUAACUAUAUCACUGAUUCAUAGUCCGCUUAGUUCUGUGACAUAAACAGAAUUGUUCAA